AUGCUUCAACGUAUAGAUUCUAUCCUUGAUGUUGACUUCACUCCACAAAUCAGCUUCAGAUACCAUACAAAUGAUGGUCGGAAAAUUUUUGUCUUCGACAAGAUUUUAAAAACAAAGCACCUUGGUCUAUUUUUAGAAUAUUUAAAUGUGGACUUGGGCUCUUGGCAGUUCAGGCUCUAUGAACCAUAUGAUGGCGGCAUUGAAGAGCCAAUGGAUAAUAUUCCAUGGAUUAAUCCAGUAGAUUGCCUAGAAUUUUCCGGAACUCUAGUUGGAAGAACAGUUCAAAAAGCAGUUAUGGAUGCUGCUGGAACUGAAGAUAUUUACUAUCCAUACAAAGUAAGAGGAAAAAUCAUGCGACGAGGAGACUUCACUAAACUGCACACUGAUGCUAACAGAACAGAUGAUGAAUUUUCUGCCUUGAUGUUCCUGAAUCCAACAUGGAGAAAGAACGAUUAUGGUGAACUAUAUCUGUAUGAUGAAGAUACUGAAAUUGUUGCUGGAGCUGUUCCAAAGUUUGGUCGUUUAGUCGUAUGGCAGAGUUCCAUCUCUUACCUUCCGAGGCCCCCCAGCAUUGCUUUCAAGAAGGGUCAGGUGUUACUUCAUGUACAAUUCACAAAAUCAAAGGAGAAAAUGCUCAAAGGCCAUGCAGAGAUAGUGGCAUCUAAAAAUGAGCGCAAAGCUGCUUACAAUGCCGGAUUCAUUGGAAGUGACAAGCCUGCCCCUGCUAAUAUCAAUGUGACACAGCAUUUUGUCUCUGAGCAUAAGUCUACACAAGGGAAGAGAAUACUUGUGUUUGAUGAUCUUUUUAACAAGGAAGAUUUGGAUAAAUUACGAGCCUUCAUCUUCAAACAUGGCACAUAUUAUUACGAUGACAGUGAUGAAGGUGAUAAUGAUAGUGACAAUGUUCAAUGGAUUGCGGGAUUUGAGAUCAAUGAUUACAUUCAAAGCAGACUGUGGAACAUCAUGCAGCAGACUUUAAAACAUGUCACUGGGCAGGAUAAGUGGUUCCCGUAUGACAUCUCUUGCAACCUAAUCAGAAGUGCCGACCACACCCGUAUUCACCAGGAUUGUGAGCCUCAUGAGGAUGAAUGGACGUACCUCAUAUAUCUGACACCAAACUGGACCAAGAACGACUAUGGAGAAACUGCCUUCUACGAGACAAUGACUAACAACAAUGAGAUCAUCACUGAGGUCCGGCCAAAGUAUGGACGGGCUGUAGUUUUCCAAGGUAAAUUAGUUACUCAUUUUUGUAGAAUGUAACUGAGUCUCACGGGCCUGUAAUGCAUACAAAGGACUGCAAUCAAUUAGCCUUCUUCUCUCAUUGUGAACCAUACGGUAUGCUUGCUUCAGGGCUGUGAGGGGUUGUCACGACCAGUGUUGGAUCAUUGCGAUCCGCCAACUUGAUGUCCUUGACAAUUCAUCUCGGAUCAUCACAAUCUGCAACUUGUUCAGGGAUAGGUCUUGACUUACCUGAAGUUCACUUCUGCUUAGCCUUUUUCGAAAUGACUUC